UUAGCCCUGUCAGGCUAUCACUCUCUCUCUCUGAAGAAUCUCGAGAUUGGCGUCUAAGAUAAAGACCACAGGACCCCUGCAGUUUCAAGCUCUUCUUCUACCCAGUGCUUUUGAGUGAGAGAGAGAGAGAGAGAGAGAGAAACAAAGAACGAAGACAAAACCCAUUAUCUGAUGAAGGAGAGAGGAGGCUCUCCUGGAGGAGAGAGCCUGCCUGUGAACAACACCGCCACCACCAUCAACAAAGAAGGAGAUCAGAUUCAGAAACCAAAGCUAAAGCAACAAACUUAGUUUGUUCUGAUAAGAAAGCAAGUGACGAGCUAGAGAUUUGCUUUUAUCUGCCGAAGACAAUAAAAGAGAAACACUCAAAAACUCAGUCUGGGUGUGUCUUGUUUUUGGUGAUCUCUUCAUUUUGUUUAGUGUUUUAUUUGUUUGGGUGUGUUUUAAUGUGAAAAAAUGGCACUUUCCAUGCACAAAGACUCAUCAAAUAACAAGCAGAUGGAUAGCAGCAAGUAUGUGAGGUAUACACCAGAGCAAGUGGAGGCUCUGGAAAGAGUUUACAGUGAAUGCCCAAAGCCUAGCUCUUUAAGACGGCAACAGCUCAUUCGAGAGUGUCCUAUUCUCUCCAACAUUGAGCCUAAGCAGAUCAAAGUCUGGUUUCAGAACCGCAGAUGCCGCGAAAAGCAGAGGAAGGAAGCUUCCCGCCUUCAGACGGUGAAUAGAAAGCUGAGUGCGAUGAAUAAGCUGUUGAUGGAAGAGAAUGACCGAUUGCAGAAGCAGGUCUCCCAGCUGGUCUAUGAGAAUGGAUACAUGAGGCAGCAACUGCAGACCGGUUCUGCAACGACCACAGACAAUAAUAGCUGUGAGUCUGUGGUCAUGAGUGGUCAGCACCAACAACAGCAAAACCCAACACCUCAGCACCCCCUAAGGGAUGCUAACAGCCCAGCUGGCCUUCUCGCAAUAGCUGAGGAGACCCUGGCAGAGUUCCUGUCUAAGGCUACUGGAACUGCUGUCGACUGGGUCCAGAUGAUUGGGAUGAAGCCUGGUCCGGAUUCUAUUGGUAUUGUUGCUGUUUCCCGCAACUGUAGUGGGGUAGCAGCACGAGCCUGUGGUCUUGUGAGUCUUGAGCCCACAAAGGUUGCGGAAAUCCUCAAAGAUCGUCCAUCUUGGUUUCGUGACUGCCGAUGCCUUGAUGUAUUGAGUGUAAUUCCUACAGGAAAUGGAGGAACCAUUGAGCUCAUAUAUAUGCAGACUUUUGCACCUACAACAUUGGCAGCGGCACGGGAUUUUUGGACGCUGAGAUAUACUACAAGCUUAGAAGAUGGAAGUCUUGUGAUAUGCGAGAGGUCGUUAACAUCUUCUACUGGUGGCCCUACAGGGCCUCCUACUUCAAGUUUUGUCAGAGCUGAAAUGCUUCCUAGUGGCUUCCUAAUCAGACCUUGUGAGGGUGGUGGCUCCAUUAUUCACAUUGUUGAUCAUGUUGAUUUAGAUGUUUGGAGUGUUCCUGAAGUUCUCAGGCCACUUUAUGAAUCGUCCAAAAUUCUUGCUCAGAAAAUGACCAUUGCUGCCUUGCGGCAUAUACGACAAAUUGCACAAGAAACAAGUGGAGAAAUUCAGUAUGGUGGUGGUCGUCAACCUGCUGUUUUAAGGACUUUUAGUCAGCGACUUUGCAGGGGCUUUAAUGAUGCUGUGAAUGGGUUUGCUGAUGAUGGUUGGUCACUGAUGGGUAGUGAUGGUGUUGAAGAUGUGACCAUUAUGAUAAAUUCAUCUCCAGGCAAAUUUCUUGGGUCUCAAUACAACACCUCAAUGUUCCCUUCUUUUGGGGGAGGUGUACUAUGUGCCAAGGCAUCAAUGUUGCUUCAGAAUGUUCCUCCUGCAUUACUUGUUCGCUUUUUGAGGGAGCAUCGUUCAGAGUGGGCCGAUUAUGGAGUUGAUACUUACUCUGCUGCUUGUCUUAAAGCUAGUCCAUAUGCGGUUCCCUGUGCAAGACCUGGUGGCUUCCCUAGUAGCCAGGUCAUUCUGCCUCUUGCCCAUACCGUUGAACAUGAAGAGUUCCUUGAAGUUGUUCGGCUAGAAGGCCAUGCAUUCACGCCAGAAGAUGUAGCUCUGGCACGGGAUAUGUACUUAUUACAGCUAUGCAGUGGGAUUGAUGAAAAUGCAGUUGGCGCCUGUGCACAGCUUGUGUUUGCACCUAUUGAUGAAUCCUUUGCUGAUGAUGCCCCAUUGCUGCCAUCUGGAUUUCGAGUCAUACCUCUGGAUCCCAAGACAGUUACGUUGACAUGUCAAUCUAGUGCUGAUGGGGCUGGAGCAACUCGAACAUUGGAUUUGGCUUCUGCACUUGAAGUGGGCCCUGGUAGCAACCGCCUAGCUGGUGAUGGUGAUCCAAGCAAUUAUAACCUUAGAUCUGUCUUAACCAUUGCAUUCCAAUUCACUUUUGAAAACCACUUGAGGGACAACGUGGCUGCUAUGGCUCGGCAGUAUGUGCGUAGUGUUGUGGGAUCUGUUCAAAGGGUUGCCAUGGCUAUUGCCCCAUCCCGUCUUAGCUCCAAUAUGGAACCAAAAGCCCUACCUGGUUCUCCUGAGGCUCUUACUUUGGCACGUUGGAUUUGUCGAAGCUACAGAAUUCAUACUGGAGAAGAACUCCUUCGAGUAGAUUCACAAGCUGGCGAUGCUUUGCUGAAGCAACUGUGGCACCAUUCAGAUGCAAUUAUGUGCUGUUCAUUGAAAACAAAUGCAUCUCCAGUUUUUACCUUCGCAAAUCAGGCUGGGCUUGAUAUGCUUGAAACUACUCUAGUGGCCCUGCAAGACAUAAUGCUGGACAAAAUUCUUGAUGAAGCUGGCCGCAAGAUUCUCUGCUCUGAGUUCUCAAAAAUCAUGCAACAGGGUUUUGCAUAUCUCCCAGCAGGGAUAUGUGUAUCUAGUAUGGGCAGACCAGUGUCCUAUGAGCAGGCUAUUGCAUGGAAGGUUCUCAAUGACAAUGAUGCGAAUCACUGCCUUACCUUCAUGUUCGUAAACUGGUCUUUUGUGUGAUCUAGUAAGAUGUAUGGAAGAAUUAAAUUUUAGGUAUCUAUUAAGUUAUAUAUUUGCUCUUUAGUACUUGAGAAGAUGGUAUGAUAUAUAAAGAAGUUAUUGGUAGGAUUUUAUGAAUGCUUAUGUCUUUAUGUGAAUGGUUAGAUGUUUUCUUGAUGAUGUGAA